AUGCUGGUGUUCCGCGCAAAGCACAUUGCGCGGUGGAAGACAGUGCAGGCAGGUCUGCAGUUCAGAAACAAUAUGUCAUCGGCGUGUAUCGUAGUAAUUGCGGAUGAGGUGCUGAACGGCAAGAUCGUCGAUACCAACAGCACGUUCUUUGCGAGGUACUGUUACGGGCUUGGGAUCCCGCUGAAGGAGAUCGUGACGGUCGGGGAUGACGAGGCGCAGAUCGUGGGCACGCUGCAGCGCGUGCGGAAGCAGUACGACUUCAUCGUAACCUCGGGCGGAAUAGGGCCGACGCACGACGACAUCACGUACGAGGCUGUGGCGAAGAGCUGCGGGCUACCGGUGGAGCUGAACGCGGAGUGCCAGGAGCGCAUGCGCCGGCUGUCGAACCCGGAGGCGCGGCACUCUGCGGCGGCACUGCGGGACCACUACCGGAUGGCGACGCUGCCGGUGGGCGAGAACGUGCGCAAUUACUAUGUUGCGGAUGACCUGUGGGUGCCGGUGUGCUCGAUUGACAGGCAGGUGUUUGUGCUACCGGGGAUUCCGCAGCUGUUCGAGCGAAUGCUACGUGAGCUGGAACCCGUGGUGCGUGCAACCUUCUGGCCGGGCGCGGGCGCGCGGGCACCAUUCCGUCGGUUCUUCGUCACCACGCCGCGGAUGGAGACGGAGGCCUCCAGCUUCCUGCGCGGGCUACAGGAGGAGGCUGUGCGGCUGAGGAAGGACGUGAAGAUUGGGUCCUAUCCGCACUUUGGCAUGGGCUUCAACACGGUCAGUAUCUCUGGCUCCGAAGCAGACGAGGCGUACCUGCGGGAGUUGGUGGAGCGAACGAUAAGUGAGCUGGAUGGGAAGGAAGUGUCUGAAGAGGACGAACGUAAGUUCUCCGACGCCAGGUGA